AUGAAAAUGAAAGGCUUACGUUGCGGUACAGCUGGUAUCAUGUGGCGCUGCUUGAAAAAGAGAGAAGCUGCUAGUGACCCUGUUGCUGUGCCAAUUGAUGAGUUCAGAACCUCAAGAAAUUGCUGUUGGUGUGAAACUGCUAUUUUGGAUGGUGUGAACGGCGCCAGAGACAAUAAUGUACUUGUCUGUAAAGCAUGCAAUGCAUUAUGGGAACGCGAUGUCAACGCGGCAAAGAACAUAAUGGAAAUCUCUCUUGCAAUUUGGAAAGGCUUGGGUAAGCCAGAGGCUUAUUCCAGAGGUUAG